GUGUGUGUGUGUGUAUAUAUAGGUGGCACGUAGUGUCCCUUGAACAUAUAUCUGAAACAGUAGUUAAUUAGGGUUUGCAUUGAGUUUUGACAUGCCUAGGGAUAGAGAUCCUUUGGUGGUUGGGCGUGUGAUAGGGGAUGUUUUGGAUCCCUUCGCAAGGUCAAUUGGGCUUAGGGUGACCUACACCAAUAGGGAAGUUAAUAAUGGAUGUGAGUUCAAGCCAUCUCAAGUUGUCAACCCUCCUAGGGUUGAGAUUGGAGGGGAGGACCUUAGGACCUUCUAUACUCUUGUUAUGGUGGACCCUGAUGCUCCUAGCCCAAGUGACCCUAACCUAAGGGAGUACUUGCACUGGUUGGUGACUGAUAUUCCAGCAACAACAGGAGUAAGCUUUGGUCAAGAGGUGGUGUGCUACGAGAGUCCGCGGCCAUCAAUGGGGAUUCAUCGUUUCGUUUUCGUGUUGUUUCGCCAGUUGGGCCGUCAGACGGUCUACGCUCCAGGGUGGCGUCAAAAUUUCAACACUCGAGACUUUGCUGAGCUUUACAAUCUUGGUUUGCCAGUCGCUGCUGCCUAUUUUAACUGCCAAAGGGAGAGUGGCACAGGAGGACGUAGAAGAUGAAGAAUGAACCUAUUUUCUUUCUACAUAUUUUAUAUUAUAGAUAUAUAGAAUGUAUGGAUGAAGGUUAAAGCUAGCUUUUAUCAUCCAUUCUAGCGUACGUAUGUAUGGAAAAGUUCUACAAUACUCUGAGGUAUCGUAUCCUUAAGGUCUCACAGUCAUUGGAUCAUUUAUCAGGUGAGUUCUAUCACCACAUUCAAUAGCUAAGAGCCUCGAGGUCUCGCAGCCAUUGGAUCAUUUAUCAGAUAAGUUCCACCACCACAUCUAAUAGUUGAGAGCCUCGAAGGUACUGAAUAUAGUGUUUGAAUGAUUAACUACAAGAUGAUUGUAGCUAGAUACGUAAAAUGUCCAAGGAUGUAGCAUGAAGUAUAAAUAAAACAUAUGCAUAGAAAUUUAGUAAUAUAUUUCUUCAAAA